GCGAGCUGGUAUGGCUGGUUUUCUAACCACCUGACCUGGACACUAUCGAUUGUACGGUGUGGUACGAGUAAUAGUACAUACUCCCCGCCGUGGAGUAGAGAUAAAGAGGAAAAAAUAUUUGUACUUCGGGUCGACGACUAAAACUGAUACGAACCGAACGCAACCUUCACGUUCACCGAUAGUCCUAUAAUGGCAUCAUCGUCGAAGAUACUCAGCAGAGCAUUCGGCGCUCUCAAAAAUGUCCAACCAGUUCGUUAUAAUAGCUACAAUGCAACUAGAAACAAUCUUCGGUUAACUGGUAACACCAAAGUCAUUUGCCAAGGGUUUACUGGAAAACAAGGCACUUUCCAUAGCAAACAAGCCAUUGAGUAUGGAACGAAUAUGGUUGGAGGCGUUUCCCCUGGAAAAGGUGGAAAGAAACAUCUCGAUCUUCCCGUCUUUAAUAGUGUAAAAGAAGCUAGAGAUGCUACUGGUUGUGAUGCAACUGUAAUUUAUGUACCACCACCAGGUGCUGCUAAAGCUAUUUUAGAAGCUAUUGAUGCAGAAAUUCCCCUUAUUGUUUGUAUUACUGAGGGCAUUCCACAGCAUGAUAUGGUCAAAGUUAAACAUAAGUUGUUGAGACAAAACAAAAGUCGUCUUGUUGGACCUAAUUGUCCUGGAAUUAUUGCACCAGAACAAUGUAAAAUUGGUAUAAUGCCGGGCCAUAUCCAUCAAAAAGGCCGUGUGGGUGUUGUUUCCCGUUCUGGAACUUUAACCUACGAAGCCGUUCAUCAAACCACCCAAGUAGGACUUGGCCAAACUCUUUGUGUUGGUAUCGGUGGCGAUCCAUUCAAUGGAACCGACUUCAUCGACUGCUUGGAAGUCUUCAUUAAUGACCCAGAAACAAAAGGCAUCAUCCUCAUUGGAGAAAUUGGUGGCGUUGCUGAAGAAAACGCCGCUGAAUAUCUCAUGAAAAAUAAUACGGGUCCCAACGCAAAACCAGUUGUUUCAUUUAUCGCUGGAUUAUCUGCCCCGCCCGGUAGAAGAAUGGGACACGCCGGUGCUAUUAUUUCUGGUGGUAAAGGUGGAGCCCAAGAUAAAAUUAACGCUUUAGAAAAGGCUGGUGUUAUUGUAACGAAGUCCCCAGCCGCGAUGGGUAACGAACUGUUAAAAGAAAUGCGACGUUUAGGUUUAGCGUAAUUUUCUCAAAAAUACGUCAAUAUUAAUUAAAGAAGCUUCUUUGAAUUGGUUCUUGCCCCCUUUUUUAAUCGACAACGCGAGUUAACGGGGCUUUAUGAGGGUGUGACCUUGUUACUAUAUAAAUAAUAAUAAAAUAAAUUAUUGUUUUAUCAAAUUGAA